UCUUCUAACCUCUGCAUGCCUAACCUGCCCCACCUCCUGGCCUUCCUCUCAGCCAGCAGGGAUGUUUUGCCCAGAACUCUGCUCUUGCCCCCUCACGCUCCAGGGCCUGGAAGCCAAUACAGAGAUCUUCUGCAGAGGGCCAGUGUCCACGCCUCAGAAAGAGGGAUCUCUGUGAUGAACAGGCUCUACCUGGAAGCCCACCAUGAGUGGGAGGUGGACCGGAUCCCCCCAGAUAUGCCUCCAGACACCACUGAGCAUCCAGCUCCCAGGCACUCCAGCCCUCAUCGAGUCUCCUGGGUGGAAGGGCCACUCAGCCCUGAAAUGCCCCUUUCUGGGCCCACUCUGCCCUGCCUGGCAGAAGAGAAGGAGGAGGAGGAGGAGGAGGAGGAGGAGGACUCCGACAAUGUGCUCAUCCGGCACAUCCGGGCUCUGGUCAGGGCCCGAAGCAGCUAUGUGGCCAGGCAGUUCCGAAGCUUUCGGGCACGCCUCACCUCAGAAGCUGUGGGGCCCCACAGGCCUGGGGACCCCGCCACAGAGUUGCUUCAGGAUGUGCGGCACCUCCUUACGGACCUCCAGGAGCACUUAGCCAAGGAUCCGGAUGUCAGGGCUGUGUUUGGGAGCAGGGGGCCUGGGGACACCCAGAAGGAAGAGGAUCUUGAUUCUGCAGUGGAGGCGGCCCUGUGCUGGGCGGUGUUGGAGCCCCUGAAGCCUCCCUUGUGGAUGCGACUCCGCACCCUCCGUGCUUCGGAGCUGAAACAUCUGCAGAAGCGACAGCUGGCUCUGCGGGAGGGGGCGUGGCCGCUGGGGGCUCAGGGGGCGUGGCCCGAGCGGCAAGGCCCCGCCCCCGCCCUGCGGAGUCGUAUCCACGCCCGACUCACGCACCUCCACGACGCCUGCUCCCCACGCCGCAAGGUGGCGCUGUUGCUGGCCAUCUGCAGUGACGUCUACAAGGGCCUGGCUUGCAGUGAGAACCCAGAACCCCUGGGGGCUGACGCCUUCCUGCCCGCGCUGACGGAGGAACUAAUCUGGAGUCCAAAUAUCGGGGAGACGCAGCUGGAUGUGGAAUUUUUAAUGGAGCUCUUGGAUCCAGACCAGCUACGGGGAGAAGCUGGCUAUUACCUGACCACAUGGUUUGGGGCGCUGCACCACAUUGCCCACUAUGAGCCCGAGGGGAGCCCCGAGGGAUGCCGAUCCCCUCGGAAACUCAGCAUUGAGGCUCGAGCCUCCCUGCGCCAGUGGCAUCGCCGGAGGACCCUGCAUGGACAGGGCCCAGCAGAAGCCCAGGACGAGCUGCCCUUCGAGGAACCUUGGACAACAGAGACAGUACCCGGUGACCAGUAA